GCCCACCUUUCCUCUAAGUUCCUCAACUCAUCAAUCUUUUUGUGAUCUCUAGACUUAGUAUCGAUAUGCAUCAUCAUCAUCUCCGCCAUCAUCAUCAUCAUCGCCAUCAUCAUGAUCAUGGAGGGAUUUAUUAUCAAAGUGUUAUCAUAGCUCAAAAACAAGUCCCUACCAUUACUUAUGAAAGAGCACCAACACGUGCUUCUGGUGAUCAUUUUUUCGCUCUCUCCGUUCUGUUAACCGUCAUCUUUAUCUUGUGUGGUACUUGGGUUGGACUCAUCUGUACGAUCCCUGCUAUUUAUUUUGCUGCCAAUGCACAAGAUGCUGAGAGACUUGGUGAUGAUGAAGCUGUUUCUUGUAAUCGCAAUACAGCUUUGUGCCUCAAUUGUUGUGCCAUCAUGACAUACGUAGCAGCAGCCAUAGUUGUUGUUAUUCUAAUUGUGUCUACACUAAAUAGCUCUGCAUCUUCUACCAGCAGCUACGUUAACUAUUGUUAUACCUAUUACAAUACUUACUACAAUACUUAUUCAUAUUAUUGUUGAAGAGUUGGGAAUUUGUUUUUUUGCUGUAGUUCUUUUCCAAUAAUUAAAAUCUCUGGUGCACG